AUGCUUGAAUUGUCUCCUCUGUUGACUACCAUUGAGAAUUCAGCCCAGUCUUCUAUAAUGUCAAAGAGCCUUCUUGCUGUUCAUGUUCUAGCAGAUUUAUCAAUGAAGCUCAGCAGAAGAACUGAAAUGGAAUCGGAUGGGAAUUCUUUCUCUUCUCUGCUAACACGAGUCAUCUCCAUAAUUGUUGAUCGGUUUAUCUUGCUGGUGAAGCCACUGUUGGUUCUCAGCCAGUCUGGUGGAGGAGUAUUUCGGGAAGUUCAAAGCCUGCUUAGGCUUCUAUUUUCUUUGGUUAGAGAAUAUCCAGAUCUUGGUGUCUCUGUGCUGGAUAAAAUUAGAUUUUUUAUUGAGUAUCUUGUGGAUGCACAAGAAGGUAACAUAGUUAUAAGGCAAGCAAGUUUAUCAGCUCCGGAGGUUUUGGAUUUUAAAGGAGAAAAGAUAAGCAUUAGUUUGAAGCUGGCAUGUUAUGUCCAUAAAUUUUUAGUUAGUUGCAUUGAAAUUCUGGAUGAAGCUGGUGCCAUCACUACCCAAUUGGUUGACAAAGUAAAGCUUUUGGUUUUCUCUGUGCGUCACUGCAGUUUAUUUCGUUGGUAUGCACUUAUAAUGUAUUCCAUACUGUUGCACUCUCAUACUAUGUGGAGUCAUGUAGUUCGUAACAAGGAAAGUUGUGAUCCUGAUAGCAACUUGAAUAGUUCACUUUGUAAGCACUUGGUUGAGCAUGAACUGUUCUCCCUUGAAUGUGCAGAGAAAAUGUUGACAGAGGGGGAUAACUGGUCUGCUUAUAAAGUUGGGACAUUCGCAGCAUGUCAGGGAGCAUGGGUCACAGCUGUGUUUGUAUUUGAGCAACUAACAAGUAAAGUUCAGUCUGGAAUCUGUUCUUGCUGGUUAAAAUCAUUAACUCAAUUUGCUCAAAGUGAGAGUAAGUUUCAGUUCUAUCUCUUAACACAACAGGGUUUCAGUUUGGCAGAUUGGUCAAAGAUGAACAAAUUUCCUAUCAUGCUUUUCAGGGACUGUUUUGAUGAAAUUGGUAGAGCUUCUGUUGAAAAGAUCUGUGACCCUAAUUAUACUGAAGUGCUUCUUCGUGCUCAUUAUGGACUUUGUUCUUCAAGGAAAACAUUGGAAUCUGUUAUCACAUCCGAUAAAUCUUUCUGUUUUCAAAGAUGGUUUUUAGCUCUUCGGGUGGAACUUCUAGGAACUGUGUUAGAUGUACUUAAAGUCUUGGUUGCCAUCCCACUUAACCCGGACAGUAUUAGUAACAAUAGACAGGUUGAGAAAAAUGACGAGCAUCUCAACUUGCUGCAACAGGUUACUGAAUUAUCUUUUCGGUUUAAGAGGCUGGCACAGGAAUAUGAUCUAAUUUCCAUGUCAUUCAUUGGAAUGGACAGCAGAAGUUCAAGGAUAGUUUCAACACUUGCAUUAAGUUGUUCGCUAUUGGCUUUUGCUACUGGAUUUGCUAUUUUGAUUUCAAACGUGCCAGCCAAUGAAAUUCUAAUGCCUUCUGAUUUGGAAAAGUCCAAAAACUAUUUACAAGGAAUGCUGGUGCAAAAUUUAAUCAGGCGGUUAUGGCUCAUGGACAAAGAAACCACUUCACAUCUGUGUCUGCUUUUAGGUGUCAGUGUGCAGCCUAAAGACAAUAAUCACCAGUAUAGAAGUCAAAGAUUGAACAUUAGUAGUGAAGAAAGAGAUAUUCUUGAUGUUUGUAACUAUGUUAUUUCUGGCAUCGUGGCAAUAAAAAAUGAGGCAAAUAGGAAGCAUAAUGAGGAGGUUCUUUCCCAAGUUAAUAAGGAUGGUUUCCAGCUUCUCUUGGACACUAUCACAAAAUGGAUGCACAUCCCUUUUUGGGUGCCAACAUAUUUCUUUAAAAUAAGGCCUUGCACUGGCGCAGAACUCUUUGUCUUCAGUGCAGAUGCCAGAAACUCAAAUCAGUUAUCUGUCUUGCCAGGCUUCAACUUAUCCCUGAAUCUUUGUCUGCAAUUGAGGAAUUUGCCGCCAGAUCGUCCAAUUGGAGUGACCAAGUCUUAUUGUGUCCUAUAUUCAAGUAUGUCUUUUCAAGAGUGCAUGGAAAAUGGAGAAACCCAGGGGCAAUUGCCAUGGGAGAAUGGACCUUUGGACACUGCCAACUUGAUCCAAAUGAAUGAAAAACUGUUGCACCAUGUAACAGAGUGUACAAAGAAGACUAUUAAUGGUAAACAUGGCAGGGAUAAAGAUAUUGGCGGUGAUGAGUCUCGGCAGCUGGAACGUUGUGAUGAGAUGAAUUUUAUGUUUCCUGAAAAGUUGAACCUCGUGGAGCAGAGUCUUCAGUCAAAUGGCAUAGCUACCUUAGAGAUUUCAUGGGGAUUUUCCACUAUGUUUAAGAACAUCAUAUUUGCAUCUGGUCCCAAGUAUUUUAUGUGA